UCAAGACAGGAUGACGGUCACCUCACUGUGCCUGCUACUGUCAGCAACGCUGAACAUCCAACCAAACAGGUCUCAGUUCUUUUUGUACGACAAAGUCACUCUGAGCUGUGAAGUCGGGGAAAACUCUGGAAACUGGACAUUGAAAAAAAACAGCUCUCAUAUGGUUGAGUCCUGCAGUGGUUGGGGACUGCCCUCCCAGUCCGCCUGCGUUAUUGAAAAUGUCUAUCCAUUUGACACUGGAGUUUACUGGUGUGAAUCUACGAAAGGGGAGUGCAGCACCAGCAUCAGCAUCACGGUCACUGAUGGUCAUGUGAUCUUGGACAGCCCGGGGCUUCCUGUAACAGAAGGAGACAGAAUAACGCUUCUCUGCUAUUACAAAGAAGAGGAGAACAGCCAGAUGACUUCAAAUUUCUCUGCUAACUUUUACAAAGAUGGUGCUUUCAUAGGGACCUAUCCAGCAGGAAACAUGACGUUUUCAGCAGUAUCUGCAUCUGAUCAAGGCUUCUAUAAAUGUGAGCACCCUUCAAAAGGAGAGUCUUCAAAUGCCUGGAUGGCUGUAAAGAGUAAAGUUGGACCCCAGCCUCCUGAAACGUCUCCACCCAGUCCGGUCUGCACCAUCCUGAUGAUUGUCCUCCACACUGUGAUGCUUGUAGCGUGUAUACAAUUACACAGAAUGUGGGCUAAAGUUCGUGCUGAAGAAAAGAGAGCUUCUGAUACUCUGCAUCGGGUGUGAGCCGUCAUCCUCUUUCCUGCUGGGAUGAAGAUAAGAAAGAGCA